CGUGCACAUAACACACCCCUGUUUUCAUCUUUGUUCCCCUGCAAAAACCAUCCUCCCCUGUUUUCACCAGCUGCAGUUUACAGGGUUUUGUUUUUGUCUAUCUUCUCUCACUCCUCAAUUUCGCAUGUUUCUCUCUCCUCAGUCUAAAAAACCAAAAAUAGAAUCAAGAAAACAAAAUGUAGUAAAAACAGGAAAAAGCAGAGCAGAGCUAAACCUAGUAUUCAGGACACCUUUGUCUUAUCUCCAAACUUCAAUGUCUUGUUCCCCUCUCUCUCUUCUUCUUCUUCAUACUUUUCAACCCAAAAGGUCAAAACCCUAAUCACAGCAGUUGACCAUUUGAUCUUCUCCGCCAUUGAUUUUUCCCUAAACCCUCCGAUCUAAAAAAAAAAGAUGGAAAAAACAGAGCUUUCAAUUCCACCCAUCAAUCUCGAAGUGGACGAAGAAGUAACCAAAGUAUACGAAAACCAAUGCCUGAUAGGAAAGAUCCUCCUCCCCUGGUCUGUAGACCAAACCCUAGUUCAAUCCUUCACACACACAAACUGGAAUUGCAGAUUGGGGCUAACCGUCACUAAAAUCGGCCGCAACAUGUUCAUGUUCGUUUUCCAGGACCAAAAAGAUUUAACCAACGUCGUAAAAAACACACCUUGGACAAUCAUGGGCACCGGUCUCAUGAUCCUGUCGACUUGCUCUUCAGGUGAAGUCACGCGCGAGUUGGAGUUCUCGUACUCGCCGUUUUGGGUUCAAGCCCACGGCCUACCGUUGAACUACUUGACCCGGCGAAACGGGUCGAAUGUCGGUUCCAUUUUGGGGACUUUUAUCCGCUCCGAUUGGCACGUGUCUUGUGUCAAGAUUUCUGACAAGGGAUAUCUCAGAUUGAGAGUGAGCUUGGAUGUUCGAAAGCCGAUACUGACUGGGUUUUGGCUGAACCGACCCGGGUCGUUGACCCGGGUUUGGGUCGAUUUCAAGUAUGAGAAUUUGGGGUUGUUUUGUUAUCAGUGUGGUAGAAUGGGUGAUAGUUUUAGGACUUGUAAGUUUCCGCCUGGCCCCGAGAAGUUCGGUUCUUGGUUACGUGCCGAUUUACGGGAUUGUUGCUCAAGUAAUAUCUCUCGUCCCGUUUCUAGAGCAAGAUCAAGAAUCAUGGUUACAUCAGUUGAUCAAGAUGAACGCACGAGUUUGCUCGCAGUAGUGCCUAGAAACCCGGAGCCGAAUAUUCUUGAUCAAUCCUCGGAUCUUGGUGAUGCAUCUUCUCAGCAAAGUAUACAUUUUGAGCAAGAUGAAACUGAGACGACUACUUCGACAAGAAAUCUGUGGCAAAGGCUGAUUUUGAACGGUGUAGAUUUGAUGAUCAUGUUAAGGAACCGGGAGAUCGUAUUAUCGCGCGUGACGAACUUAGAUGGGGGCGAAGGAAUUUGGACACUGCUUAUCUUGAUGGUUGUUUAUCUCUUCCAUUUGUACCACAAGUUCUCUCGUGUAAAACGUGGUGUACGGUUCCUCGGAGCACGAAAUGGGCCCACCCCUUCCGAUGAUGACGAUGAUGAUGAUCGUGAUGGCAAUGCAAUCGGAGAGAUAAUAGUUUCGAUCGUAUUUCUCGUCUUGCUGUACUUCUUCUGA